AUGUCUCAGCUACUGCGUCUUCACAGCGACUUGGGACCUCUGACGGAGGACGUGGAGGAACUGUUGGCCCGUUUCCAACAGACGGACUCCGUGAGGUACGAGGUAUUUUUGGCCAUCUGGCGAGAAAUGCGCUUCUCCGACCUGUUCCUGGGUAUCCCCCGGAUGAGCGAACUAACGAGAUUUUGCCGGGUGGCCCUGGCCGCGGCCGUCAAGUAUUUCCUCCCUCCGUACAGUUACCAGAUCCGGGUCGGGGGCUUGUACCUCAUGUACGGGUUUUACCACACCCAACUUGCCGUGCCGCCGCUAAACAUACGGCUCUCUCUGGGAGACUGGGAACACGUCCAGCACUUACUCGGAGAAUCCGUCCACUGCGGACACUAUGAUACGGCGUACAUUUUAAAGAGACUCGUCGCCACCAAAGCCAUACAUUACACCGCCAUGCCACACCACCUCACCUUCCGCCAGUGUAGACAGACGACGACGGAACGCGUUUGUGCCAAGUUUCUCAGCCCCACCGUGAGGGUGCAGGAGCUCCUCUCCACGGAGCUGCUGGAGGAGGCCGCCAACGUCGAGAGCCUCUACGAAAACUUAAAGAAAAACGUGAUGGCCAAGAACGGCCUGGUCACGGUGACCCGGCCCGGCUUCUCCGACCGCCUGAAAGACUGCGCGAUAGACUUCGUUACAUGGCAACAGAACAACCUGGCGGCGAGGCGUGAUGCGUCCCCGGACCAACAGGGGGAGCCGGCGGGGACGGAGUGCGGCGGUAGGGCGCGGCUCCUGUCUGCCAUCAAAGACAAGUGCUACGCCAGCUACCAGGAGGUGUCCAAAUCCCGAAGGCACCGCAAAGUGGAAACUGCGGUGGAGAUUAAGGUGGAGGCUCCCGGCUCGGGAACGGAGCAGAUUCAGGAGAUCGUCGGCGGGAGAAGAAAGAGGCCAGUGUCACUCCGAGCCCGGACGCGGAACGCCCUGCGCGUGCCGGACAAGCUCGAGCCCAGUAAGAUUUGGGUCGUAAGCACCCCGGAAGGUGACUGA